AUGGACCAGGCCAAUUCAUCAACCCGAGAAGCCUCAAGUUUUGAUGAAGAGAGUGAUGAAGAAGAUCAUUUGAUGAAUCCUUCGCUGUACAGCGAUGACUGUACCGACUUGCAUGUCUUCCACAGCCAGGUGGAUAUGGUCGAUUACUAUCACGGACCACUGUCACUGUUUGUCCUCUGCAAGCAAUUUCGAUCUUGUGCCCUCUCUGUAAGCGAUGCGAAAUAUGAUGCUCCUCCUCUGCGAGAUAUACUGCAGAGCUUGUGUGAGAGUGCUGGUGUACUUGAACCUUUCCCACCCUUUGGCGACCAGCCUUCUAUAAACCUCCUGCCUAAGCAACAGGCCAACACCGUUCUUAGUCAUUUCUUCCAGCACGUUGACUGUGUCACCGAUAUCUUUGUAAAGAGUAGUCUUCUUGCCCAUGUCGAACGUAUAUACUCGCACCAGGCAGGGCGUGAGGAGCGAGACAAGGCGGCCCAACAAUCCAUCUACCACUUCAACAUUCUUCCGGCAAUUCCACUGGAGGGUGGUGCCACCUAUACAGAAAUAUCCGCAAAAGUCGGUUUGUCUGAGAGGAAACUUAAGACCGUUGUGCGUAAAGCAAUUAUUAACUGUAUGGUGCGCGAGAAUGCCCCUGAACAUGUUGUUCACACCGCCUCCUCAGCCCUGCUUCUGCGAAAUCGUAACAUGAUGGAUUACUACGGCUUCUUCGUUGAGCAGAUGUUCCCUGCCAGCGCAAAGCUCGCAGAGGCGCUGGAGAAAUAUCAAGACUGUGCAGCUGCGCAGGAUACUGCUUUCGAUCCUGCCUUCAAUACGAACGAGACCUUAUUCAAGUUCCUCGAGCAACAUCCCAAGUUGCAAGCUCGGUUCGUUGGUGCGAUGGAGAGUAAUAUCCGUCCGUGGGCAGAACUCGGAGAGGCUACUGUCAUCGAUGUCGGCGGGUCAUCCGGCUUCAUGAGUGUAGAACUCGCACAGAGAUACCCGAACCUGAAAAUGGUAGUAGAAGAUUACAAAAACACCGUUGAGCAGGGCGCUGCACAAUUGCCACCCGAAUUGGCGGAUCGUGUGAAGUUUGUGCCGCAUAAUUUAUUUGAUCUCCAACCGGUGGCGGGUGCAGAAAUCUACAUUUUGCAUCAUAUCUGCCACGACUGGUCAGCGGAAAACAGUGUCAAGAUUAUUAAGCAGAUUUUACCGGCCAUGAAGCCGGGCAGCAAGAUUCUGUUGGUCGAAAUUGUGGUUUCGAUGCUAAAUGCACAGGAGCGAAGUGAGUCUGGGUGGAGGGAAAUUAUCACCAGGGCAGAUUCCAAACUUGGGCUGACACACAUCAUCACGCUUCAUGGCAGUACCGACUCGAUUAUCGAGAUUUCGUUGAGGGAGAAUUGA